UUUACUGGUUGGUUCGCUUUCACAACAGCAAAAACAGACAAACGCCUGACACAUCGGAUACACGGCGACCUGUUUUACAAUAGAGUGUCAUACUAAGGCUUGUGCCCGUCUAUACAAGUAUUUUUAAAUACUAGUUCCGCCCGAUUUUUUUGUGCAGUGCCCGUAAAAUCCCGUGAUGUGUUCAAGUGCUGUCAGAAGAGUUGGAAAGGAAGCACUGAAAUUACACAGUAGAACGAGAUGCAGUCUACCCCAACUGGAUAUUUGAAAAUUAAGUCAAAUUGGCACGCCGUUAAAACUAUAUGUGCAUAUACAGUAUAUAAACUAGAACCUCUUUCAUCUACAAUGGAUACGACAUUCCAUUCGUAACUUUAAUUGUAAUGGUGCAAUUGGAAUUUCGUCAUACGCCGACUUUAUUCCUGUAACUUCAAUUGAAUAUUAUAUUUACACUUAGGCUCAAAAUCGUAGUUCUUUUUUUUACCCACCUCCAAACGGGAGCUUGUGUGUAAUUAUGUGCAGGGGCGGAGGCGCCGGGGACCCACCCUGGCGGCGGAGUCAGUUAGCGGCCAGUCGCUGCUGCUGGAGGACGCUGCUCAUAGAGCGGAAGAUGGCGACAGUUUGGAGGCUGCGCAGGAACAUCCGGAGCUGAUACCGGGAGGAAGCAGUGGAGAGGCUGAGAGUGGAAAAGACCACGUUUCGAAACAAAGUCAAUUAUGUCCCGCUCUUUUGACAACGAUGAUGGAUGCUUUGUUGCCAUGGAUACAGAGGACAAUGGUGCAGAAGCAGACAAAAUGACAGAAAACUCGGACGAGAAGAUGGGGUCUUGUCGACAAGAAGGGAACCUGGACAGUGGUGCCCAGGGCGUUGACAGAUCAAUGGUGGAGCUGCCAGAGGAAGUUCUUGAAUAUAUUUUGUCCUUCCUCUCACCGUAUCAGGAGCACAAAACGGCUGCCCUUGUGUGUAAACAAUGGUAUCGUCUAAUUAAAGGUGUUGCUUAUCAGUGCUAUCAUGGCUUUUUGCGAGCUGUCCAGGAGGGAAACAUCCAGUGGGAGAGCCGGACAUACCCGUAUCCUGGAACUCCCAUUACUCAGCGCUUUUCACACAGUGCAUGUUACUAUGACUCCAACCAGUCAAUGUACGUGUUUGGUGGCUGCACUCAAAGUAGCUGUAAUGCUGCCUUCAAUGACUUGUGGAGACUUGACCUCAACAGUAAGGAGUGGAUCCGACCUUUGGCCUCAGGUUCUUAUCCAUCUCCUAAAGCUGGAGCCACGCUAGUGAUGCACAAAGAUCUAUUAGUUCUGUUCGGUGGGUGGACCCGCCCUAGUCCGUACCCUCUGCACCAGCCUGAACGUUUUUUCGAUGAAAUCCACACAUACUCUCCCUCUAAAAACUGGUGGAACUGUAUAGUGACCACACAUGGCCCCCCACCCAUGGCUGGCCACUCCUCCUCUGUUAUUGGAAACACAAUGGUGGUGUUUGGAGGAUCUUUAGGAGCUCGGCAGAUGAGUAAUGAAGUGUGGGUUCUUGACCUGGAGCAGUGGUCGUGGUCCAAGCCAGCCAUAUCUGGCCCAUCACCGCAUCCCAGAGGAGGACAGUCACAAAUUGUGGUCGACGAACAUACGCUGCUCAUUUUGGGAGGCUGUGGAGGCCCCAAUGCUCUGCUCAAAGAUGCUUGGUUGCUUCACAUGGAGUCGCCACCAUGGAGGUGGCAGCAGCUGCAAGUGGAAAAUGAAGACCAUGGUGCACCUGAACUUUGGUGUCACCCAGCGUGCAGGGUGGGCCAGUGUGUGGUGGUUUUUUCGCAAGCCCCAUCAGGUCGCGCACCUUUAAGUCCAAGUCUUAAUUCCCGGCCUUCCCCCAUAAGUGCCACACCAGCCCCUUUGGGCCCAGAGCCGCCUUCUCUGCGCUCUCAGUCCCCGGUGCGGAGUGGGGCUGCUGGGGUCGUCCUGGGAGCUGUGGAGGAGGCUCCUUGUGUGAAUGGUCGGUGGGGUACUCUAAGACCACGACCUUCAGCAAGAGGCAGUGCCAGAGAAUGCAGUCCGUCUUCAUCGCAACAACCAUCUCCAUCUCAAGGUCCUGACAGCCCCCCUCUGUCCCAACUCCCCCAAUUAUUGAAUGGGUCGUCUCCUUCUCCCCGAACCAGCCCAGCUCAGGCUGCCUCACCCCCCCUUCGUCCUCACCCCCACACAUCCACAGACUAUGGUUGGGAGUCUCCUCCUUCAUCUGCUACUCACACCGAGGUGCUCAGCACAAAUGGACUACACACCCCUCCUUCUUGCUCUCCACGCACUCCCCCUGGGGCAGUGUCUCCGGCUGCCUUACGACGAGGUCUGGAGGCAGUCAAAAACAAAUCUUCACAGUCUACAUCAUUGUCUUCCCUUCAAAACCAGGGAGCUUCAUCUGGCAGUGGGAGUGCUGGAGGUGCAGGGGCUCCUGGUACUCCUCCAUCCUCUUCCUCCAGUCCUCCUCAGGCUUCCGCUGAUGGACACUCUAUCCCUCCUAUUGCACGGCGUCUCGGCCAUCACCCACCUCAGAGCCUGAACGUAGGGAAACCUUUGUAUCAAUCCCUGAACUGCAAGCCCAUGCAGAUGUACGUGUUAGACAUGUCUCGGGCCAAAUCUGCCUCCGUAGUGUCCUGGAGAGUUUACGGAAACGGGACUCCUGCAGCGGUCAUCGGACCACCAGAGACCAGCCUUCACACAGUGGUGCAGGGAAGGGGAGAGCUUAUCAUUUUUGGUGGCCUCAUGGACAAAAAACAGAAUGUGAAGUACUACCCCAAAACCAACGCCUUGUACUUUGUGCGUGCAAAAAGGUAAUGCAGCUCCCAACAGAACGACGAGGGGAACAAAAGAUACUGCACACAUGGAAAACGACACUCAAGGCCUUUAUCUUUCUGGAAGGAUCUAUGCGAUGAACCGUAAUCGUUGUUUGAUGUUCUACUUGACAAGUGAACAAUUCUUCCUACUGGCUUCUGCAAGCUUUCAAAAUAAAACACUUAAACUACACUUUGAUAAAUGCAGGUAUGAAUGAGUGUUUGGUGUGUAUGUCUGUGUGCGUUUGUGAGUGUGUUAGAGUAAAAACGUACCAGAGAGCUGUACAACUUUCUCUUGGUCCCCCUGAGGCAAUUGACUGGUUGUUUUUAUUUUUUUAUUUUGGUGUGAUCUCCCUCUCAAAUCAACAGAUGUUGUUAUGACCACAUAGCUUUUGGUAUUGCUUGUUGAACCCGCAAUGUUUACAUCCAAAACAGUGUGUGUAUGUGAGUGUGCAUGGUAUUGGUCAACAGUUGUGGACUAAUGUGUCAAGCUCAUAGUGGAUGAGAUGCGACACUGUACUUCUAUAAGCUUAGAUUAACAAUAAAGGCACUCCAUCUCUACCGAAGGCUUUCGCUUUCCUGAUGUUUUCUGGUGUAAACGGUCUCCCGGCUUUAUCCACAGUCAUCAAGUGGAGAAGUUUACAGUUCAGAUUUUUGGAGAAAUAAAUGUAUCAAAUACAAAUUGAUCUUGUGUUAACUUUUUGGAAUUUUUUAAAGUGGCUAAUUUUACCCACCACAGUGUAUAAAAAGGCAAAAUCUUUUUGUGGAAUAAAGCAAGGCAUUAACAAUUCUAACACAAAGUUUGUUGGUAUAAUGAUAAAUUACAUGCAAUGUGAAAGUUCUGAAACAACACUUCCAUUUGAAGUUACCUUGUUAAUCUAAGAAUAAAUGUGUUUCAAAUGCUGGUGCGUGGACAAAGGAGAGGAGACAGACAACCACAGAGGUUCAUUGUUUUGAUGAAAG